GCAGUGUUAACUACUACGCGUCUCAGAAGCUCAAACAUCGUCGACCAUCACACAACACGCAAAAGUCCCUCUCCUCACAGAAAAUCAACACAAGUUCUAUCAAAAAAAUCGAAAAUUCGGGCAAUGAACAACGACAGUCUCUUGUUUUACAAUCAAUUACCCCAUAAAAUCGUGAUAUCUGCAUGUGGAUACCAUCACCUCGAGAUUGAAAUGCCUGUGACCGUGAGAGGUUCAUUCGAUCUGUGACGAUUUGUAAUUUUUCUGUCUCCAAUUACGUAAAGGACAAUCUCUUAACCACAAAAGUGAACUCUAACCUAUCAACGAAACAUCGAGUGAUACAAAUCAUCACCCUAGAUCAUCAAAAUAACAAGAAAUUCAAUUAAUUGACAAUCGUCAUCAUGUGGCAGCAAGUGAUGAGUGACAACGACAAGCAAGUGAGGAAAAAUGUGUGCAGUGAAAAACAAAGCGAGGAUUCGGGAAUUGUGGAUUCUGGCUUUCUCUCCGGGAAUAUUCCCUCUUCGAGAGAUAUCAGCGAAGAUAUCGCAGAAGAUAUAGUGCAUUCAAGGAUGCCAGAACCACACAUUGUCGAUAGAGAGAACGCAAGUGUGGACGUAUCCAUGAGGAUUGACAGUGGUGUUGAUCUGGGCCUCAGUGAGAGCCUCAACCAGCUGAGCCUCAAAAAUGUCGAAUUAAAUCGACUUGAGGCGACACAGGGUUGUGACAGUGUCCAGCUUGAACCCGAACUCGAGCCCAUUGUCGUCAAGGUCCAGGAGGAAAAACGCAUCGAACCUUGGCAGUUAUAUUAUAUCCAGGAUCAGGAUGGGGAUACUCAACUUCACAUCGCAAUAAUCCAGGGCUUCCUCGAGGCAGCUGCCUUCAGCCUCAUAAAAAUGGUUCCACACCCCUGCCUUCUGGACAUAGUAAACGACGAUGGCCAGGCUCCACUGCACCUCGCCGUCCUCACAAAGCAGUCAAGAAUCGUCAGGCGUCUGAUCCUCGGAGGGGCCAAUCCCUCAUUGAGGGACAGCCGUGGUAACACAGCCCUUCACCUCGCCUGUGCCACUAGUGAUCUUGCUGCUGCAAGGGCCCUCACAGAUCCAGUGGCCUCUAUCGAGCGCAAUUACUUGGGUUCCCACAAGAAAAUUCCGGCUCUACCACAGAAUCUAGAACAACUCAACUAUCAGGGAGAAACUUGUUUGCACAUCGCAGCGGCUAAGAAUCAUGUCGACCUGGUUCGUUUAUUACUGAGACUCGGGGCAGACUUGGAGGCCAGGGAGGGCCUCUCCGGCAAAACAGUGUUGCACAUUGCUAUAGAAAAUGGAUGUCAUCAGGUCGUCUCGUUUCUGCUGAAAGAGUGCAGACCCUGUCUCGAUACUCCUAAUUACGCGGGUCUCACUGCAUAUCAAAUUGCAAUCUGUCUAGACAGUCAGCUCGCUAACGAUCUCGUUAAAUUUGGCGCAACACCUGAACCACUACCAGAGUCGGACUCCGAGGGAAGCGACGUCUCCGAUGAAGACGAUGUUCACAUACCAACGAUGUCCAGGCUAGAGCCCAGAAUCGGCGUUCGAGUGGGAAUUGAGGCAUAAAAUUUAAUGGGAAUUUUAAUCUUUAGCGGAAUCUGGGAGAAAAUUCUAUUGGAUUUUUUUUGCAAUUCAGAGACUUCGUCGAGAAAUUUUUAUUGAAUGAUUAAAAAAAAAAAGUCUGCUCAGAAAUCUUGGUAGAAAAUGAAUUUCCACGAAAAACUAUAAUUCCAUCGUUCUGUAGAACAUUUUCUAUUGACACAUUUCCUCUAGAAUUUCCAAACAUAGAUUUUAUAAAUUAUUUCCUUCUAUCGUUAUCAUGUUUUCACGAGGAAGAAAAAACGUGAAAAACUGCAUCAAGGAAAUUCUACAAAAAAUAUGUCAACAGAAUUAUGUCAAAAAUAGGAUGAAAUUCGCUUGAAUUUCAAAACCAUAUAUUUUCCAUUAUUAAAAUUGUGGAAGUAAUAAAAUUAAAAUAAUUAAAAUAAUUAAAAUACAGUGGAAACGUUACAAUAAAAUUUGUUGUUGUCGUGCUUAGAAAAUUAUCGAUAUAUUUUUUAAGAGAAGGGAUCGCGUGAAAUUUCCCUAUCGCUGGACGUAAUUAAGUAAAUACUAUCAGACGUGUUCGGUUAAAUAACUCUAGACUCCAUAAAGAGCCUCUAGAGACUGUAUAAAAAUUCCGAUGAACAUUGAAAAUGUGAAACUGAUGAAAUACUUGAUUUAUUAAUUUAUUUUACUUCUCGCUCGGACGAUCCGUCCAAAUUUACUUUAUAUCAACUAUCAUUUUAUUUUAUGAUAAUCAUAACAUUUAAUUCGAACCGGCUCCGGGCCUCUCUCGAUUGGGCGGUCAGGGAUAGACUAGAGGUGUGUCAUUUCGAAAAAUAACACCUCUAGUCUAGUUUCGAAUUUUUCGAAUUUCAAAAAUGACUCUUGCCGAUUGAAUUUGUACAAAUUUAAUGGACCUAUUCCUCAGAGUUAUUUAGACUUCGGUGGAAGCAAUUCUCAUAUUUCAUUCGCAAAUUUUAAUUACCUGAGUAUAAUUACCCUCAUACAAACAUAUUUCCAUAUUUUUUAUCUCAUCAGACAUUGUACAAAAUCAUGCUAAAUGGAAUGAAUCAUUCGUGUAAUCCAGUAGAAUAAGAAUAAGAAUUAAAGAGUUGGAGAUUAUGGAGCAAUAAGAAACGGUUUUUUAUUCACGUAUUUGUCUUGAAUGUUGAACUGGGGUUUAAGAUGGCGUUUUGUUUUUGAAAAGACAUAAAAUAUAAAAAAUUGACGGAUAAUAGAUAAAUAUUUUUUAUUAUGGAAAAUACAAAAAGUCUGGGUGACGUAAAGACCCACUUUUCAUGAUUUCUAGACACAAAAAAGUAUAUCUCAUAUUUUACAUUCAAAUUUUAUACUGAAGACUAGAAAUUUCUCAUGCCAAAUCCUAAUUUCAUUUUGCCCUCGACAGUGAUGUUAUUUUCCAAAAAAGUAAUUUUUUGUAAUUAGUUGUAUCAAAUGCAUCAAUUGCCUGAGAAUACGUGAGGUCAUUCGAAACCGUCGGUCAAACCGGCAUUGUAGGCGUAAGGGUUCUGUCUGGCGCGCCCAGAGGCCACUACUUGUGUUAAAUGUUUAAUUCUUUUGUUCAGAAUAAAUGAGAAAUUAACGAAA